AUGGAGGAGCAAGAAACUAUUGAACAAGUUGUCAUGGCAAUGGGUAUACUCGAUCUAUCAAGGCAAGGCCGCCACCGUGGUUCACAAGUCAACCAUGGCCCCGAACGUGUUCAGACACAUGCAUUCUCAAGCCCGAUUUCAUGGGACCCAAUUAUUGCGCGAGUAGCUGAAGCCCGCUGGAAGCUGAAAUUGGGGCUUGGGCCCCCUUCUACCCUGGCACAGCCUACAUGGUGGAAGUGCUCUAAACGAAUGAGUUUGGAGGAUGAGCCGCCACCCCACUAUCAACAAGCCAACACCGACCAUUCUCCUUUGAUCAACCAACAACACCAAAUCACUUCAUUCUUCUCCAAAACCACUUCUUCCCCAUCCCCCAUUUCUUCCAAAUCCAAACAAACUCAAAACCCUAACCCUAGCCCCGAUCCCAGCCCUAGCCACACCACUCCUUCGCCUCUCCAGUCCAAGCCCAAGCCUAAGAAAUCCCAUGGCCAAGAGGUUGUCGGCAAGAGGAUCAGGUACGAUGAUGCUGAAGAAGAGUUGUUGGAUUUGGGAAAGGAGAAGAUCGAAUGGGUCCAGGAAACCAUCAAGACCUUGAAACGUUUGAGGCGAGGCCCUUUGUCGACUUCCAACGAGGUCGUUGUGGAUGGGCAUGUGGUUAUGGAGGAUGAUGAUGAGGAUAAGGAAGGCAGCAAUGAUGUUGCUGACGAUGAUUCCAGCGACGAGGACUGGGGGUAG